GGAAAAGGCUCAUUAACAAAACAAACAAACAAACAAGGGUGAUGGAAUUGAUUUACUGCAUGCACUGCUGAGCCUGCUGAGAAGAGUAAAAUGGAGAACCGAACAACUCUGGCUGAAUUUGUUCUCUUGGGACUCUCUGAGGAUGAAACAACCCAAAUGGUCCUAUUUCUGAUUUUCUUACCUAUUUAUCUAAUAACACUGGUAGGAAAUAUCCUUAUCACGCUAGUGAUAAGGGCAGAUCCUCAGCUACACACCCCAAUGUAUUUUUUCCUUAAUAACUUAUCCUUCCUGGACAUCUGCUAUUCCUCCGUAACAGUUCCCAAGAUGCUUGAAAAUCUCCUAGCCACAAAGAAGACCAUUUCUCUCAGUGGCUGCAUUGCUCAGAUCUUCUUCUUCAUUUUCAUGGUUGGAGCCGAGAUCUUCUUACUUUCAGCGAUGGCAUAUGACCGCUAUGCUGCCAUAUGCAAUCCACUGAGGUACAGCACCAUUAUCAGCCACCGUAUGUGUGUUCAAAUGGUGCUGGGUGCUUGGAUAUCAGGCUUCUUGGAUUCUCUCGUUAACACACUCUUUUUAACUGGCUUGCACUUCUGUGGUCCGUGCAGCAUUAGCCAUUUCAGUUGUGAGCUUCCUUUGCUACUGCAGUGCUCUUGCACCAGUACCUUUGCCAAUGAAAUGGUGAUCCUCACCUUCAGCAUGACAUUAGGUUUUGCUUCCCUCUUUCUAAUUGUAGCUUCCUACAUUCGCAUCAUCAACACCAUUCUCAAGAUCAGCUCUGCAGAAGGAAGGCAGAAGGCAUUCUCGACUUGUGCUUCCCACCUUACUGUAGUCCUCCUCUUUUGUGGCACGGCUUUCAUUAGGUACAUGCGGCCAGCAUCUAGUUACUCAGACACUUUAGACAAGCUUGUGUCGAUUCAAUAUAGCAUCCUAACCCCCAUGUUGAACCCCAUUAUAUACAGCCUGAAAAACAAAGAGGUAAAGACGGCUCUAAAGAAGCUCUUUAGCAAGUGA